AUGUCGAGCAAGUAUGCCUUCGCGAAGGCUCUGAAAGAGGUCCGCUUUCUGUUCUGCCACACUGGAGAGGGUAGUGCUGCGACAAGAACGUUCCUCACGAAGGCAUACCCCACCAUGAAGAAGAACAACCCGUACACGCCCAUCCUGAUGCGCGAGGCCGCUGGCACCUUGCCUAAGGUCUAUGCGAGAUAUGGUCCGUCCUUCAUCAUCAUCAUCUUCUAUUCUUCCGACGACAAGCUGCUGAUCGCUCCGUGGUAG